AUGGAAGUCGAAUCAAGCUUUUCUUCAAUCGCCCCUCUAGUCUUCGAUGGUGACAAUUAUCGAUUCUGGGCCAUUAGAAUGAAGACGUACCUUGAUGUUAUGGACCUUUGGGAAGCUGUGGAAGAGGAUUAUGAAAUCAUUCCUCUUCCGAGCAAUCCAACGAUGGCUCAGAUUAAGCAUCAUAAGGAAAGAAAAAUAAGGAAGUCCAAGGUAAAAGCCUGCUUAUAUGUUGUCGUUUCUUCCACAAUCUUCACUUACAUCAUGUCAUUUAGAUCAACAAAGGCGAUUGGGGAUUAUCUCAAGAUAGAAUACGAGGAAGAUGAAAGAAUAAGAGGAAUGCAAGUUCUGAAUCUGAUUCGAAACUUUGAGUUGCAAAAGAUGAAGGAGGCAGAAUCCAUCAAAGAGUAUUUUGACAGGUUGCUUAACAUUGCAAACCGAGUUAGAUUACUUGGUUCUUCAUUGCUAGACUCAAGGAUAGUUGAAAAAAUCCUUGUGACGGUGCUUGAAAGAUUUGAGGCAUCCAUUACAGCCUUAGAAAACACUAAGGACUUGUCAAUGAUCAUAUUCGCAGAGCUUUUAAAUGCAUUGCAAGCACAGGAGCAAAGAAGAGUUAUAAGGCAAGACGGUGUUAUCGAGGGUGCUUUACUAAUUAAGCAUCACGUGAAUGCAAUAAAUAACAGGAAUAAGAAGGGUAAAAAACAUCAAGGCUCAAUGGAGAAUAUACAACCAACAACAACAAGAGCAAAACUGGAAACAAAAGGAACCCCAUCCUCCCUGUCAGCAUUUUGGUGGCAAAUCUCAUCCGCAUUUCAAAUGCUGGAAAAGACCUGACGCCAAGUGCACCAAAUGCAACUAGAUGGGGCAUGAAGCUGUCAUCUACAAAAACAAAAAUCAACAACAUGGUGAAAAGGCACAAGUUGCUGAUCAAGAGGAGGAUCAACUAUUCAUGGCUACAUGUUUCUCUAGCCUGGAAUCAAGUGAGAGUUGGCUCAUUGAUAGUGGUUGCAGUAACCACAUGACACAUGACAAGGAUCUAUUCAGGGAACUAAGAAGCACAAACACGUCGAA